AUGGGCAAGGGCAAGGACAAGUACAAGAGCAAGGCCAUUGGCCGUCAACGCCAGUUCUCUAACACCGAAGAUCUUCUUAUUGACAGUACCUGCACCUAUUCAAAGCCAGAAGCUGAACAUUAUGAAGCCGAUGAAGUAGAAUUUGCAGAAGGAUCAGAAGAGGAGGCGUUGAGUGAAGAAGAAUCUGAAAACAAGAAAAGCAAAGGCGUUGAAGGCAUUAUUGAGAUUCAAAAUCCUAAUUUGCUAAAGCAGAAGAAGGCGUUGAAAGCUAGAGACAUUGACAUUGGAAAAACAACUGAACUGUCAAGGCGUGAAAGAGAAGAAAUAGAGAAAGAGAGAAGCCAUGAGAAAUAUAUGAAGCAGCAGGAACAGGGAAAGACUGAACAAGCAAGGAAAGAUUUAGAGCGCCUAGCGCUUAUACGACAACAAAGGGAGGAGGCUGCUAAGAAGCGAGAAGAAGAAAAAGCUGCCCAAGUACAGAAGAAGAUGGUUCAACCCCGCAAACCAUUACCUAAGAAGUGA